UUUCCGGGAUUUUGAGGUGGCUAGUGUUAUUAGGAAGCACGACCUGAUUGUUUGUUGUUGUAGUUUUUUUUUAUUAAAAGUGUGAAAAUGAAUCGGAUUUUCGGCAAAGGCAAACCCAAAGCACCUCCUCCUAAUCUUACGGACUGUAUAGGAAGCGUUGACUCUCGGGCAGAGUCCAUUGAUAAGAAGAUAUCCAGACUUGAUGCUGAAUUGAUGAAAUAUAAAGAUCAGAUGAAGAAGAUGAGAGAUGGGCCAUCAAAGAACAUGGUAAAACAGAAAGCCAUGCGAGUCCUUAAACAGAAAAGAAUGUAUGAAGGACAGAGAGAUCAACUGAUGCAGCAGUCAUUUAACAUGGAGCAGACCAACUACACCAUCCAGACUCUUAAAGACACCAAAUCAACUGUGGACGCUAUGAAGAUUGGAGCCAAAGAAAUGAAGAAAGCUUACAAGAAUGUGAAGAUUGAUCAGAUUGAGGACCUUCAAGACCAGUUGGAGGACAUGAUGGAGGACGCUAAUGAGGUGCAGGAGGCAAUGAGUCGCAGCUAUGGAACACCAGAUAUUGAUGAAGAUGAUCUUGAAGCAGAGCUUGAUGCACUUGGUGAUGAGCUGCUUAUGGACAAUGACAGCUCUUACCUUGAUGAGGCUUCCUCCGCUCCAGCUAUACCAGAAGGCACUCCAGGAGAGAGGAGCACCAACCGGGAUGGCGUUCUGGUCGAUGAAUUUGGACUUCCUCAGAUUCCAGCAUCAUAAUAACACGACAGAUUUUAUCAUGUUACACUUAUGCAUCUGACAUUUACAACACUGCGAUCCUUUUGUAUGAAACCGGCUUAUAAAAAAUUAAUUCUUUGGGGUUAAAAUUCAAAAAAGUAUUUGCAAUGGUAAACACAGCAAGUCUUUAUCUCUCUCGCUUAUUUUCUUGUUUUAUAAGGAAUGUAGUCUAACUAAUUGUAAGGAAUAAUCGUUAAAGUCUGUAACUAAGUUUUUUUUUUUCUUCCCAUUUUGAUCAUCAUCAUAUACACAAUGUACCUCAUUGACUUUGUACAGCAACAAUGGGUUUCCAACUACCAACAAAUAAAUUAUUCUAUAUUUGGCA